AUGGAGAAACCUCACAUAGCAGUGCUUCCCAGUCCUGGUUUCACCCAUUUGGUCCCCAUUCUUGAGUUCUCCAAACGCCUUCUUCGUCUCCUCCCAGAAUUUCACAUCACAUGCUUCAUUCCCUCAAUUGGGGCACCCCCCUCUUCCUCCAAAGAUUACCUUCAAACUCUUCCACCAACCAUAACUUCCAUUUUCCUUCCCCACAUCACCCUUGACCAAAACCCACAUCCCUCUCUCCUUGCCUUCCAAAUUGAACACUCUGUGAAUCUCUCUCUACCCUACGUAAGGCAAGAAUUGGAAUCCCUAUGUUCAAGAGCGAAGGUUGUAGCCUUGGUUGUGGAUGUUUUUGCAAAUGGGGCAUUGGACUUUGCCAAGGAACUUAACCUCUCGUCUUACAUAUACCUCCCUCAAUCCGCUAUGUUGCUUUCCUUGUACUUAUACUCAUCAAAGGUCGAUGAGAUACUUUCUUCUAAGUCUAGGGACCCUCAAGAGCCUAUAAUGCUUCCUGGUUGUGUACCUAUUUUCAGCACAGAUCUCCCUGCCCCUUUUCAAAAUCUCUCUAGCGUAGCCUACAAGGGGUUUCUUGAACGUUCCAAAAGGUUUCAUGUUCCGGAUGGUAUCUUUAUGAAUACCUUUCUUGAAUUGGAAUCAGGGGCUAUAAGAGCUUUGCAUGAACAGUUCAAAGGGAAGCCAGGGAUUUACCCUGUUGGACCCAUUACUCAGAUGGGCUCGAUUGACCACGAAAAUGGGGUGGAGUGCUUAAGAUGGUUGGAUAAGCAAGAACCCAAAUCCGUUUUGUAUAUCUCCUUUGGAAGUGGUGGCACACUUUCUCGAGACCAACUCAAUGAAUUAGCCUUUGGGUUGGAACUGAGUGGCCAAAAGUUUCUUUGGGUUGUGAGAGCCCCUAGCAGUACGGUCAGUUCUGCUUACUUAGUUACUGAAAGUAAAGACCCUCUACAGUUUCUUCCACAUGGUUUCUUGGAGAGAACCAAGGAGCAAGGGUUGGUUGUUCCUUCUUGGGCCCCUCAGAUUCAAGUGCUUGGCCACAGUGCAACUGGGGGUUUCCUGUCACACUGUGGUUGGAACUCAGUGCUUGAAAGUGUUGUGCAGGGUGUGCCAGUGAUAGCGUGGCCCCUCUUCGCUGAGCAAAGCCUGAAUGCAGCAAUGCUAACUAAUGAUCUAAAAGUGGCAGUCAGACCAAAAAUUAAUCACAGUGGAUUGGCAGAAAGAGAAGAAAUUGCUAAGGUUGUUAGAGGCUUGAUGGAAGAAAAAGAAGGCAAGGAAAUUCGAAAAAGAAUGGAACUUCUGAAGAUUGCUGCUGCUAAUGCGAUAAAAGAAGAUGGAUCAUCUACAAAGACUCUGUCAGAUAUGGCCGAGAGUUUCAGAGGCUUUUAG